AUGGGCCACGCCGACGCCGCCGUCCUGGUCGACCCGCGCGCCUUGCCCGACGACGACGACGGCCCCGACCUCGGCCGCCUGUCCCUGCUCCCCAACGAGGUCCUCUCAGACGUCUGGGACGCUCUCCCGCGCGGGUCCCUCGCGUCCCUCAUGCGGACCAACAGCACAGCGUACGCGCUCUUCCUCGCGCGCGUCUACCGGCACCUGCACGUCGACAUCUCGGGCCACCCGGUCCGCUGGCCGAUCCUCGACGAGCACUGCGCGCUGCCGGCGCGCGCCGAGCAGCGCACAUCGUUCCCCCUGACGCUAGACUACGACCUGAACCCGUUCCGCGGGAGCAGCUCCGCGCCGCGCGGCCUCGUACUCCCCCCCCUGCCGAACUUGCACACGGUGCGCGUGUGGCUCCAGCACAAGGGCGGCGGCCCGAUGCUCAUCCACGGCGUGACGGUGUACCGCUCCGACCCGGCGCUCACGGCGCCGCUCGCCAACCUCCGCCCGCACAGGCUCGUGGUGCGCAACGCGCCGCUGCUGUUCGACAGAGUGCCGGACUACAUCUUCCCCAGGGGCAGCUGCGAGCUCGUCGCCGUCGUGCCGUGCGAGAUGGCGACCGUCGGCGCGAGCGUCAAGUUCGAGGCGCGCGGGUGCAGCGCGCAGGGCCUCGUGAAUGCGCUCCCGCGCCUCAGUCGCCGCCUGACGGUCGUGUUCUGGACCGACGGGCCCGGGGAGCACUGGCGCCCCACGCCCCGGCCGCACGACUCGCGCCUCGAGGGCGCAGGCAACCUGCCGCAUAUCAACGGGACGUGGGUCGGCAGGUUCCUCAAGCGCCUCGCGGUGGUCGCGCACGAGCGCACCCCGCCGCUGAGCCUGACAUUUGUCAACAUGGGCGCGCUGGACCCCGUCGCCGUGCUCGCCCCGCACGACGAGGGCAGCGUAGCCGCCGAAUGCGAGGCGUACUUCCACGCCGUGUAUGAUGGCUACGGGCAGUACCUCGGCAUCGAGGGGAGACAAGACGUGGCAGAGUUUCUGAGUAUGCCAGAGUACUUUGCCAGCGGGCAGUGGGAGGGCGUGCUCGAUGCGCGCGAGGUGGAUCGGUGGCUCGGGGUCGGAGUGGCCGUCGUAUGA